UGUUCAUACGUCUAAGGUGCAUAGGUCCUUUUGUUUCGUGUAUAUGUUUCCAGUCGAUUCAGACUGAAUGAUGGACAGGAUGUUGCGGUCUGUUUUCCGCUUGUCUCGGUUCUGUGUCCGGGUACCGGUAAAUCCUCAUUGUGGGAUUCCGGCUUCAUCUUUUUUGCGUUGGUCGUAUACCUCUUUGCUCCAGAGCCGGUCCCGCGGCUACAACAGCAAUCCCGCGCCCAGACGGGUAGUUGUACUCGGGAUUCACAACCCUUUCAUCUGGUGUCGCACAAGAGUUUACUUCUUCCUAAUCCGGGCAUUCUUCGACCGGGACUUUAGUAUAGAUGAGUUCACAGAAGGGGCCAAACAGGCUUUCAUUCUUGUUUCUGGCCUAAUGUCUGAAGGGAGAUAUGAAGCUCUAGAAAAUCUUGUAACUCAUGAGGUUAUCCAGAAUGUGCACAAAAAAUGCACUUUACUGUCUGACAUCCGCAGGAAUGCCCUGGCUGUCUCUUGGAAUGAAAUCAUGUAUAGCACUGUUGGAGAUGUUGCUAUCUAUUAUGAUGAUAAUGGUAGGAAAUUUGUCAACAUCCUGAUGCGUUUUUGGUACCUGAAACACUCUGAACUUCCGGAUGAGAAUCUUCAGGGGACAAAAGUGUUCCAAAUUGUAUUGGGGGAUGAAAAUGUGAAGGACAAAAAAUUUCUACUUACAGCUAAUUACGAGUUCCGCAGAGAAUUUACUCAGGGAUUAAAGCCAGACUGGAUUAUUACAUGGAUUGAACAUUCAAAAAUAUUGGAAUAGGAUGCCUUAAAUGAGCUGCUGCCAGAUGGCCAUAUUUCCACCUGCAAUCAUAUUUCCUUUGACUACUUGUGAAAGUACUUUGAUUCCUCCGGGCUUUAUGGAGUUUGUAAAAGUUGUUUUUAUAGUUGUCUCUUACACUGACAUGUAAAAAUGAAUAUAUACCAAUAAACAAUAUAUAUUCUUUGGGUUUAAA